AUUAAUUAUGGCGGACGAGGUUUGAGAACUUGUCGCGACACGUCUGUUCCUUAUAUUCCUCCGUGUCUCCUCAAGUUGACCUGUGAUCUGGACUACCUUUCGAGUCGUAUCAUCUCUCGCUGUACAACAAACUGCUCGCUACAAUGCCUUCCGCAAUAAGUCUUACUCAGUCUCUGAAACGUCCCCGUGACUCCAACGCACCAGAACCGCCUGUAGUCCCCGACAAAAAAAGGUCUCGUGUCGUCAAAAGCAGUACAGCAGACCAACUGCAGACCGCGACUCCACAAUUUUUGCUCGAUCACGUAUUGAAGAUUGAGGAGAACCUGUGGGAUACAAUCAAACAGCUCGAAGCCUCAAAAACUCAAAAUUUGGAGCUGCAGGCGUCGUUGCGACAUGAAGAAGCUCUCACGGCUCAUUUGACAUCGGCACUCCAUGAGAGCAACGAGGAUCUUGCAGCUGCUAAACGCGAGAUGGAAGAGAAACUUAGAACGAUUGGUGCCGAUGAUCCAAACCAACCUCCCAAGCCGAACAAGAAGGAGCGCUCGCUCGACUUUUACCAGAAAAUGUCGCAUGAUAACCUGGCUCUUCGCACAAAGCACAACGACACGAGAUUCCGGCAAGAGGUCGACAGACUACAGACUUUGAUUGAAACUCUGAAGAAGGAACUCAGCACAGAGCGGAGUCUAAAAGAAUCACUCGAUCUCAGAAAUGAUCAAGUGGCAGAGUUUGCGACUGAAAAGCAAUGGCAACUCGCCAAAUUGGAAUUCAGACUCGAGAAGCUUGGAGGCAUAGAUCAGGUUGAGAAAAAUGUGGCCGAAAAAGCCCAGGCGGAACUGAACCGAAAAACCGCACUCAACAAUGUUUCGAAACUCUCCAAGGAGCUUCGCAAUCAAGAACGGGUUCGACGAGAGCUGGAAGCGGAUAUUGCAGAUCUUCGCGCCCAGCUUGCCAGAGAUGCUCCUGAUGCGUUGACCUUGAGGUUCAUGGAAGAUUUCGGUCUUCCAAUGGUGCCGGGAAUGAGAUUGAUGUGAACGAUGUCUCCGUUUUCCAUGGCACAUCUGCACUUGGACAUAAGAUGUGAUUAUCACUCUGCGAAAUCACACAUCAGACAUCGUGGCCUCGCCCUUAAUUCUUCUUUCCUCGUUCCUGGUCAGACAUGGUACACCGAGUUUAGAACCAGUAGUAUUAUUCCACCUGUUAACUAUCUUCUGUCGUUA